AUGAGCAGUUCGAGCGUACAGUCGGCAGGAGCAAUGCCGUCACCUACAGACGCGAGGGCCGCCCGAGGUCCGGCAAGCGCAACAGGCUCGGCGCAGACGGAUCGAGAGACGCUCCUUCACUUUUAUCGGACCGCCGGCGGAGAGUCGUGGACAUGUAAAGAUGGCUGGGCGGAGAAUGCGGACGACCUCGGCAGCUGGCACGGGGUCACUACGAACGCAGAGGGUCGAGUGGUGAAGUUGGAGCUGCAAGGGGGACCUGAACCUCAGCCGGGUGGCUUUGAAAAAGGCAACAGCAUUAUCGGUGCUAUUCCUCCGGAGUUUGGUCGUCUCGGUGCUCUAACGACGCUGCACCUGGGUGGUAACCAGCUCACCGGCGCAAUUCCACCAGAACUUGGUCAGCUGGGGGCGUUGGAGGAACUGUUUUUGCCGUCAAACAGGCUGAGCGGGCGUAUCCCACCGGAGCUUGGCCUGCUUAGCAAACUCAAGGGGCUGCACCUCAAGUACAACCAUCUCUCUGGUUCAGUCCCGCCGGAGCUGGGUCAACUCAGCGGCUUGGAGCUUCUGCUUCUGACGAGCAACCAGUUGAGCGGUCCGAUUCCACCUGAGCUCGGCCAGCUGGGGUCUCUAACACGACUUGUCAUGUCGGACAAUAAGCUUACCGGGAAAAUCCCGCCAGAGCUUGGUCGACUCAGCUCUCUUAGGCUGCUGUACCUGAAGAACAACAAACUCUCUGGCGAGAUUCCACGCGAGCUGGGUCAGCUGGGGGCUUUGGAGCAUCUGUGGCUAUCGAAGAACGACUUGACCGGUCAACUCCCAACAGAGCUAGGUCACCUGGGGGCUUUGGAGAGGCUGCACGUGAUGGAAAACAAGCUGAGCGGCACCGUACCGCCUGAACUUUUUAGACUCGGUGCUCUGGAGGAGCUGGAUCUGAGAAACAACAGGUUCUCUGCCCUUGGCCAAGCGGAACAAGCGUUACAGUUCGUGGCAAGGCUUGGUCAACUCGCCUCCGGCCAAAACCUUCGGCUGCAAGACAACCCCUGGGUUAUGCCUCCCGAAGGCAUUGUCAACGAGGGGCUGCCGGCCGUCGAGAAGUACCUACGUGACGUGCGAGAGGCGGAGGAGGCCGGGGCUGAAGUCAAGACGUUGAAUGUGCUCAAGGUGGUCUUGAUUGGAUCGCCAGGAGCUGGGAAGACCAGCUUGCUCAAUAGCAUUGUCAACGAGCGUGGAUCCCGCACGGUUGGGACGUCGGAGGAGGUGAGCACGGUGGGCAUUGAGCUACGCCGCCACCAUCAGCGGAAUGGCAGAAUUGUCGAGUUUUACGACUGUGCAGGUCAAGUCGACUACUAUGGGAUGCACCAGACCUUUCUGACCAGACGAGCUCUGUACCUGCUUGUGUGGGACGUUUCAAGAUGCCACGGUAAAGAGAGCAACGAUCUCGACAAGGUCGUGUCCGAAGACAUCAUGAAAUGGUUGUAUGCCCUACACCUUCGCGUGCCGGGGUCCGCGGUACUGUUGGUGGCGAACAAGUGCGACGGCUCCCUUCAAGAAUUCGUCGGAACUGCUGGCGCGGUCGAAAGCAGUGCAAGGAGACAGCUGCAGGAAUGGCAAGGGAACCGAAAAAGUCCUGGGGUGACGAAGCUGACAAUACUGCAACAGCCAAGUCUUGUCAGCUGUGAUGAUGGGGGCGGGUUGUCGGAGGUGAUCGCUCGAGUUGAUGCUCAGGGAGCCACUUCCAUAGUCGUUCCGCCCAGCUGGGGGCUCGCUCUUGCAUUCCUCGACGCUUUGAGGGAUUCGAGGGACCCAGAGCCAGCUACCCGGCGGUUUCUACAUCUGGACUUUGAUGCCGAAGUGGGCGCGGCGCAAGGAUCGUCGUUCAUGACGGAGUCAACCUUGUUUCAACGGUGGAACGACACCGUGAAGAGCGUCGCGGGCGAGCUAACGUCGCCUGCGGAAAGGAUGGCCGUAUCCGACCACCACGGUGCGAUGGAAGGCGCGCUUUGGAUCAGCGAAUUCGCCGGACACAUCCUGCGCGUUGCUCACAGCGACGUUAUCUUCCUGGACGUGGUCUGGCUAUCAGCGGCCUUGAAGCCUAUCCUAAGCCAUAAGCUUGAAAGUCACUUUUUUCCCCGGAGCGAGUUGACCGCGAUGAAGGAUGAGCUUGUCGACAACGGAGUGCUUCGGCUGAAGUUUGCGGAGUACCUCUGGGACCUUGAGAUGGAGGCGCCGCCAUCCGAGGAGGUCAUGGAUGCUCUUUGCGGUGUCCUUCACAGUCUUGGCGUAGCCCUACCCCUCGGGCGAGAAGAACGACACACUGCGAGCGCCAUCGACCCUGCCGCCGCUCACGGCCAAAUCGGCCGGCAAGAUAUGCUGGUGAUAAUGAGGCUGCCUGAUACCUGUGAAGAAAAUAUACAGGGCGAGCUGCAAGAGCUGGUGAGAGACUUGAGCGAGCGACAUGGCGGAAACGAGGUGACCCUGAAGUGGAGGUUUGAUGGUGCGGGUGCCUCGCACGGGCUCGUGGAGCGUGUGAUUGCCUCGUGUCAUGAGGUCGGCUCCGUCAGGUCGGGGCUAUGCUGGAGGUAUGGCGCAGUUUUUCAGAGUUACGCCCGGGCAGACGACGGUGGACUGAACUGGUUGUACUCGUUCGUCAUUCGCUAUGACGAAGAAGUCGGCAGCGGGGAGAGGGUCCUGGCGGUAACAAUGUUCGGCCCCACUGCGGAAGACAGGUUGUGGGCAGCGCUGCGCUGGGUAGCCUCAUCGGUCGUGAACACUUCGACGGGGUGGCCCGGUGUCCGGUGGGAAGGCGGGCCAGCGUGCGCCAUACACGCAAGAGGGCGAAUGUACUUCAAAACACCAAUCGAGGCACGCAUCGGGGAUCCCAUUCUGACAGACCCAGAUCCAAGAACAGCCCCGAACGUGUGUGACUGUUACACUACCGAGGGAAACGCGAUGCGGCUAGUGCUUGAGCGCUUGGGGACUAUCAUUGACACGCAGAAAGACGACCCGUUCGGGCAUUUACAUCACGAUGAAGGCGGCAGUGCGAUAUCGCAGGACAAUCGAGGGGAAGAGGCCGGAGGUUGUGCCGCUAUGUCUGCUUCUUGCAGCAGAGUGUUCCAUGCCUGGCGACCUCUCGCGUGGAAAACCGCCGCAGGCUUCGGAACCGUGGCCGCUACACUCUUUGGUGCUGUAGACAGCGCCGUUGAACCCGAAGAUACCGCGUGGAAGGUGUGCGUUGGGUUCGUCACGCUCUUGCUGUUCGGGGCAGCGGUAUCGGUAGUUUUGGGCACCCACGACCAGCUUUGCACCAACCGUGAAGAAGAGCCGCAGAGCCAGGAAGGCACGCGAUAG